AUGCUGCACGUCGCCAAGCGCCCGUUGUUCCUGCUGGCCGGCGCCGGAGUCAGCGCCAGCGCUGGCUUCAUGUACCUCGGCGACGAGGGCAAACCCGUCAAAGUCCCAGCUCCACAGUCGGAUGUCCACUCCAAUACCGGAAGUCGCAGCAUGAAGCGCCACUUGACCAGGAAGCCCCGCUCGCGCACGCUAAAGGCCACGUCGAGACAAGAGCUGGGGCUGCAGCAGAGCUUCGUGCGCGACGUGGCGUGCUGGCUCUCGUCCGCGUCCGUGACCUCGAGUCGCCAGGCGCUCACGACGCCGUACCCGACCAUGGAGGCGGGCAAGGAGGUGCUCGAGGCCGCCGUCAAGAGCAGCCUCGUGUACCAGAACCUCGUCAAGUGGCUGCAGCAGCUCUCGCCCGAGACGAGCGGGUGGGACCCCGACCAGGUGCUGGCCAGCUCCAGCUUCGCCAUGCUCGUGAACUUGUUGUCGGACACGGAGGAGAACAGCUUUUCGCUGCAGGAGGACCUGGAGGAGGAGCUCUAUCGCGCCAUGGGGGUCCUCUCCACCAACGCGCAGUGCGCGCAAGCCAUCGCGGAGCGAGCCACUAGGUACGGCAAGCAGGCGCUGCUCAACUUGGCGGAGGUGCACGACGACGACCCGCGCGUGGGGGACGCGCUGCACCGCCUGGUGGCGCUCAACAGCAACGACUGCCACUUCGGGCCGGCCAACCUCGCUUCGUUACUGUCGCUAGCGGUGGCGGACGUGCCCGACCAGUACUUGGAGUUCGCGCUUUGGGGGUUGACCAAGGCGGCCACACCCGAAGCAGUCAGCAGACGCUACAAGCUGCGCAAGGUGAUCUUCGGCGACGACAGCACGGCCAAGACGCGACGCAAACUCAUCGCAAGCGACAAGUUGUGGGACGCGUUGAUCGACAUUGGCGAAGAUCGCUCCGAAUUGGUGGAGAUUCAGUCGGCGCGGCUCAUCAACGAGCUCAGUAACGACGUCGCGGUGGCUCAGAGCCUGCGGAGUCGUGAACAGAGCGCCAAGAUGCUGGUGCAGUGGAUGAGCUCGCCGUCUGAAGACCUCGCGUGCACAUCGUUCGAGAUUGUCUGCAAACUGGCGGGGGUCGACCACGACCUCCAGCGCCAACUGGUCGAGGCAGGAGCUCUCGAUACCCUGCGAGCUCGGGUGCUGGAAGACUCGGAUCGUCACGUGACGGCGAAGCUCUUGGAGGCCAUUCGCUGCCUCGCUGCCCCUACGACUGCGGACGCGCCGUUCGUGCUGGACCAAGACGCGCUCUCGUUCGUGAGCGACUCGGAGGACGGCGAGCCGCUGUACGACGACGACAUUGAGAACAUCAACAUCGUGCUCCGACACGGCUACGUCGACGGCUGGAUCGAGCUGUUCACCGCCUUCUUGAAGAGCAGCGACGAAGGAAUCCGCGACGAGGCCGCGCUCUGUCUCGACCAGAUCGCCACGUGCGGCAGCUACAAGGACCAAGUGGUGCAGGAGUGGCUCAUCGCCGUCCUGGACUCGGUGCUGGACAAAGUCCCUCCCGAGGUCGCGCAAGGCGCCUGCAGUGUGCGAGAAGCGCGGUCGCGUACGUUGCCCAUUCAGGGCCUCAAGACGGACACGUCGUCGUACGAGGCCUCGCACGCCAAGGCCCUGCGCGCGCUGGCGUUCGUCAUGGAGCGGAAGGAGUGUCAGGAGGAGCUCGUCCGUCGCGGCGGCAUCCCGAUCCUCAAGCUGCUCCUGCAGUCGGAGAACGGCGUCGUGCAGCGCGAAACUGCGCGCGUGCUGGCCAACCUGUUUGCGUGCGACGACAUGACCGAGGCGCUGCAGCACUUCGCCAUGAGCGACGGCCAACUGGAAGCGGCGCUGGAGAAGUGGACCCAGUCGGACGACAUCCGACUCGAGGCCAUGGCCCACCGCGCUCGGUCCAACCGAAGGUACCAGAACUCGCUCCAAAAGGGCAGAGACUCGAGUACUGAGGUCAAGUAUCUGGACGGCAUCCACCCGCUGCAUCUGUCGGGCAGCACCAGCGCGCAGCAGAGCGACUACGACGUCGACAUCGUCUUCGUGCACGGGUUGCUGGGUUGUCCAUUCAGCACGUGGGCCUGCGGGGAAGAGGAGGGCACUGCGUGGGCCCAGCAAUGGCUGCUGGACGACAUGAAGCAGGAGGGGAUGAACCCGCGAGUGCUGUCGGUCGGCUACGACUCGCAGUUGCUGGCCUCGGGCUCGGUCUGGAAGCCCAUGUGCUUCGAAGACACGGGCAGCGAGAUCCUGACGCAGCUGAACGCAGCGCGCGUCGGCUGUGGCGAUCGCCCCGUGGUGUUCGUGACGCACAGUCUCGGCGGUGUCUUGUUGAAGCAGGUCCUGCUGAAGUCGGCCAACCCGGAGGCGGAGGACGACGAGACGGCGCUCAUCAACAACGUGAACGGCGUCGUCUUCUUCGGCGUCCCGCACCACGGCAGCCCCGUUGCCCAACGGAUCCAGACCUUCAAGCCUCGACGCAUCACGCAGCACCCCGUGACCGAGCACUUGCACGGCACGCCGCAUCUUGAGAUGCUCAACGACUGGUGCUCGGAGGUCUUCGAGGAGAAAAACAUCCCGUCCCUGAGCGUGGGCGAGGGCUUGCCCUGCCGUCUCCCCGUGAUCGGAGUGGAGGCGUUGGUAGUGCCGUCAGCGUCGGCGAACCCUGGCUUUGGCGAGUUUGUCCCGAUCUCGGACGCGACUCACGUGGACGUGUGCAAACCGGCGUCGACCCAAGACUUGCGCUACAAGUUGGUGCGCAAGUUCAUCUCCAAGAACGCGACGUCAAGUGCCGCGCAGCAAUCGACCGCGGCCUAA